GUGACUUUCUUCUCUUCUGCACUGCUUUUUCUCUCUCUCUCUUUCUCACUCUGCGCGGAGCUCUCAUUCUUUGAAUUCUCACGCAUUCACGCACUCCCUUGGCCUUUUCAACUCUCUCGCUCUUCGCUCUGCUGGAAAACAUGGCGUUUUCCAGCGAACGCCGACCUCUCGACUGCUCUCUCCCUCACGAGCUCACCUGCGAGACUCCCUGCCCCAGCCUCAAGCUCUACUUCCUCAUCGGAAUCCUCAGCCUCUCUGCGCUCUCCAUCGCUCUCCUUAUAUACCUCUGCGUCCUUCUCAGCCGGACCUCGAAGAAGCGCGAAGUGCCAGCAAAAGGGACGAAUUCUCGAGAAUCAGAUGGACCUUUCUACGAGGUUUUUCUAAGUUUUCAUGGACGAGACAACCGUCAUGGAUUCACCGAUUUUCUUUACCGUGGCAUGGUUGAGACCGGGAUCCUCGUCUUUAGGGAUAAUGAAUCCCUCCAUGUCGGUCAAAGAAUCGGCGAUGAACUUCUACAAGCCAUCCAAAACUCCAAGAUCUACGUUCCCAUAUUCUCUGAGAAUUAUGCGUCGAGUCACUGGUGCCUCCGAGAGCUUGCAUAUAUGGUUGAGUGCACCUCCAAAUCUAAUGGGAAAAAAGAGAUUUUGCCCAUUUUCUUGGAUGUGGAGCCUGACGAUGUCAAGCUCAAAACAGACUUAUACCGCAAAGAUCUUUCAGCGCACCAGAAAAAGUUCCGUACUGAAGUUGAAUCAUGGAAAAAGGCUCUCAUUGAAGUGGACGAGAUAAAGGGAUGGAACUGGAGGAAAGAUGAAGGGCAAGCAGAUCUGACACAAUCCAUAAUUAAAACUGUGUUGGAUAAGCUGAAAGUCAGAUAUAAAAGGAUUGUGCCUGAAGAUCUAGUUGGAAUUGACGAUCGUGUGGAAGCUAUAAUCAAAAUGUUGGAUUUGAGAUCUAGUAGCGUACAAUUUCUCGGAAUCCACGGAAUGGGCGGAAUUGGCAAAACAACACUUGCCAAUGUCAUUUUCAACUGCCUGUCUUCUCACUUUAAAGAUUGUUAUUUCCUUCCAGAUGUCCGAGAGUUGUCACAACGCAAUGGACUGCCAUAUUUGCAAAAAUUGUUGCUAUCCAAGUUCCUUGGUUCUAGUUCUCAUCUUGACAAUAUUCAACACACGGAUGAGGGGAUCAACAUGAUAAAGAGAGUUCUUGGGGAUAGAAAAGUUCUCAUCGUCUUGGAUGACGUGGACGGGAAAGAGCAACUCAAAAGUCUAGCAAAAGAAGGUGAUUGGUUCGGUUCUGGUAGUAGGAUUAUCAUAACUACUAGGGACCAAAGGGUCUUAAGGAUUGUGGGAGAAGCAACAGGUGAAGGCCAUUUAGAAAAGUCUACAAAAGUUUUGACUUACGAAGUACGUGAACUAGAAUUUGAAGAUGCUCUUAAGCUUUUUCGUAAGCAUGCCUUUAGAAGAGACUCUCCACCAGAUCAUUAUGGCUCCCUUUCAAAUGAGAUUGUCUCCACUUUGGGAAUGCUUCCUUUAGCCCUUGAGGUUAUAGGUUCAUCCCUUAACAAUGAACCCAAAGAAUUCUGGGAAGCCACGUUGAAGAAGCUAAAAGAUGCUCCUCCCGAUGAAGUCCAAAGUAAAUUGAUGAUAUCUUUUGAUAAGUUAAAUAAUGAACAAAAGCAAGUAUUUUUGGAUAUAGCUUGUUUUUUUUUGUUAAUGAGGAUAAAACAUACCCUCUUCGUAUGUGGGAUGCCUAUGGAUACCAUCCAGACGUUGCCAUUAAGGUCCUCUUGCUCAUGUCCUUGAUCAAAAUUAAAGAUGGCAAUACUUUUUCGAUGCAUGAUCAAGUGCGAGACCUUGGAAGGGAAAUUGUACGUCAGGAGAACAAAGAAUCCUGUAAGCGUAGUAGAGUGUGGAAUCAUGAGGAUGGCUUGAACAUUGUGAAGCAAAAAAAGGGAAGUAAGAAAAUAGAAGCACUGUCAGUUGGAUUUGGAUUUGAUCAGGAAGUCAUUAUUCUGAAGGAUGAUCAAUUUGCUGAUUUACGAAACCUGCGGUUCUUUCGUGGGAGAAGGGUGUCCUUCGUUGGAGAUUUCAAUAAUCUUCUCUCAAAUUUAAGAUGGUUUUCUAACUGUUAUUAUUCUUCUACGCUUGAGGCAAAAAACUUUUGUCCAACUAAUUUAGUCGUUCUUGACCUUCGAUCCAGUGACAUUUCAGAAAAAAAUAUUGAUUGGAUCAAGGCGGCAAGGAAACUAAAAGUCCUAGAUCUCAGCUAUUGCUAUAACUUGAGGAGAACACCUGAUUUAUCUACAUUGGUGUCUUUGGAGAUUUUGAAAUUAAUAGAUUGUGAACUUUUGGAAAGUAUCGAUUGGAUCGAAGUACGAUACGAGUCUCACUCCUUGUAUUCAUAAAUC